AGGUGCCCACGUGAUCCAGGCCUGCAGUCGGGUGGCUGCGGUGAGGUAUCUGGGCUCCUGAAGGGCGGGCGGUUAGGUCGUAACGGCCGCCGCCGGUGGACUGUCCCGGGCUGUCAGGCUUAGGAGCAACGAGCCGGCUGAGGUGUCCACCCCUUAGUGCCUACGGCACGGGUCGGCUCUUUUCUGCCACCUCCACCUUCGCGGUCCCUACCUCUUUGCGGGUGAAGUCACCUUUUCGGGUUUUGAGACCUUGGGGCCUGAAGCUCAAACUUGGGACGAACCCUCAAUCCACCUCUCUUUUUCUCUCAUCCUCCAUCUCUUCCUUUGUACCACCGAAUCACUCGGCCUUUAAGCUGGCCAGCUUGGCUGCGCCUUGAGGCCAAGUUCGGGGCAGUAAAGGUAACCGCGGGGAACGCGGCCCCCCAGUGGACAAAGGCGGAGGCAAGAAUAGAGCAGGCCUAAGGGCCGCAGGCGAUGAGAAUAGGCGGUUGAGGGGGGUGAACGAGAAAACAAACCAAAAAAAGAAAAAGAGUACUGCGAAUUUAGAAGGGACUGGAAAGGACUUGUUGCACGAUGGAAGAAUCUGAUUCUGAGAAAAAGAUGGAGAAAGAAAAUCUGGGGCCGAGAAUGGAUUCUCCGUUAGGGGAACCGGAAGGAUCGCUUGGGUGGGUGCUACCAAAUACAGCUAUGAAGAAAAAGGUGCUGUUGAUGGGUAAAAGUGGGUCUGGUAAGACCAGCAUGAGGUCUAUUAUCUUUGCAAAUUAUAUUGCCAGAGACACGCGUCGCCUUGGUGCAACAAUACUAGACCGUAUACAUAGUCUUCAAAUUAAUAGCAGUUUGAGCACCUACUCUCUCGUAGACUCUGUUGGAAAUACAAAGACAUUUGAUGUAGAACAUUCUCAUGUUCGAUUUCUGGGAAACCUGGUAUUGAACCUGUGGGACUGUGGUGGGCAAGACACCUUCAUGGAAAAUUAUUUCACCAGCCAACGGGACAACAUCUUCCGAAAUGUGGAGGUUCUGAUUUAUGUCUUUGAUGUGGAGAGCCGUGAACUGGAAAAGGACAUGCAUUAUUACCAGUCGUGCCUGGAGGCCAUUCUGCAGAACUCUCCAGAUGCCAAAAUCUUUUGCUUGGUACACAAAAUGGAUCUGGUACAGGAGGAUCAACGGGACCUGAUUUUUAAAGAGCGAGAAGAAGAUCUGAGGCGUUUGUCUCGCCCAUUGGAAUGUUCUUGCUUCCGAACAUCUAUCUGGGAUGAAACUCUCUAUAAGGCUUGGUCCAGCAUUGUUUAUCAGCUGAUUCCCAAUGUUCAGCAGCUGGAAAUGAACCUAAGGAAUUUUGCUGAAAUUAUCGAGGCUGAUGAAGUACUUCUGUUUGAGAGGGCUACUUUUCUGGUGAUUUCUCACUAUCAGUGUAAAGAGCAGCGUGAUGCCCAUAGGUUUGAGAAAAUCAGCAACAUUAUUAAGCAGUUUAAGCUGAGCUGCAGCAAACUGGCUGCCUCUUUCCAGAGUAUGGAAGUCAGGAACUCUAACUUUGCCGCUUUCAUUGACAUCUUUACAUCCAACACUUAUGUGAUGGUCGUGAUGUCUGAUCCAUCCAUUCCUUCUGCAGCUACUCUGAUCAACAUUCGCAAUGCCAGGAAACAUUUUGAAAAGCUGGAAAGAGUGGAUGGACCAAAGCAAUGUCUUCUCAUGCGUUAGACGGUGCUGAAUAUUGUUUCACACAAGAAAAACACUGUUUCUUAAUGUUGUAUUCAUGUAUGUAGGCUCUGAAAUGUUGCGAUGCUUACCAUUUGUGUAUUUCUUCUCUGCUCCUCAGUCUUAGCAUUUAACCUUGAAUACUGUUUGCUUAAAUAGCCAUUGAGGAGUUAGAAGAUGAAUUGUUCAUGACAUUGUUGUAACAUAAAAGUAGUUGACAUGUAAGUGUUCUGAUAACAAGAUUCUAAUAAUGUUUAAGUGUUCUGAUGACCUGGUUCCAAUAGUUGUGUAUGCCAAAACCUUUCUCAGCAUCGUCUUGUAGUCCUUAUCAGAUAGUAAAUAACCUGUAAGUUUGGAGUAUUACUGUUUUCUCAGCAUGCAUUAAAAACAUUCCUUAACUUCAAUUGUAAAUAAACUUUUGAUGUUAGGGA